ACUUCCUGCUGUGGAUCGGGGAGGAUCGCUUAAGGUGUGUUGGCUGCGGUAGGGUGGUGUGACAGCAACAGAACAGCGGGUGCUGUUUGAUGAGCUGUAAGUCAGUAAUAGAACCCGAAGGAACGGGGCAAACUUUGCGUUCAUCACAUUGGGACUGUGCAGCUGGGAAGUUUUAUGAGAAACUAUGCUAAAGGGGUGUUGUGAAAGAGUGGAGUUGCCCGGUUUGUGAAGCAAAUGUUUGGGAUAUCGUAGUGUACUGUAGGUUUGGAGUACUUGUUGCCUCAGGGGACGGCAGGCACCAUGAAGAAACAGUUCAAUCGUAUGAGACAGCUGGCCAACCAAACUGUAGGCAGAGCUGAGAAGACUGAAGUCCUCAGUGAAGAUCUGUUACAGAUUGAAAAGCGUCUGGAUGCAGUAAGAUGGGUUUGUCACAAUUCUACCAAAAAACUAGCAUCAUGUUUACAGGGUCAGUCGGGUACAGAUGUUGAGAAAAGACAUAAAAAAAUUCCAUUGACCAUUCUCUCAAGUUGUUUUCAAGAGGGCUGUGUUGCAUUAAAUGAUGAAUCUCUUUUAAAUAAAGUGUUAGAUAUGUGCAGUGAUGCUGAGAGCAAACUGGCUAUGGAACUCUCGCAACUUGAAGUACAGAUGGAAAGAGACGUUUUAGACCCACUGAACCAAGUAGUAGAGGUAGAGAUUCCAAAUAUUCAGAAGCAAAGAAGGCAGCUUGCAAAACUUGUACUGGACUGGGAUUCUGCAAAAACAAGAUGCAAUCAGGCAAUUAAAUCAAGUUCAUUAGGCAAUUUUCCAGCACAGCCAGGAAAAAUAGAAGCACUCCGGGAAGAAAUGGAUGAAGCUGGUGUAAAAGUAGACUUAUGCAAGGACCAGCUUGCAGCUGAUAUGUACAAUUUUGUCUCCAAAGAAGGCGAUUAUGCAAGGCAUUUUAUUGCGUUAUUAGAAGCACAAGCAGAUUACCAUAGAAAAUCAUUACAAGUCUUAGAAACAAUCCUUCCAGCAAUUCGUUCACAACAAGAGUCCUGGUCUGAAAAGCCAGCCUAUGGGACACCACUAGAAGAACACCUUAAGUGUAGCAAUCGGGAAAUUGCCCUUCCAAUUGAAGCCUGCGUAAUGAUGCUUCUGCAAAAUGGCAUGAAAGAGGAGGGACUGUUCAGAAUAGCUGCAGGAGCCUCCAGAUUAAAGAAAUUAAAGGCUGCUCUGGACUGUUCAGCUUCGCAUCUUGACGAGUUUUGCUCCGAUCCACAUGCUGUUGCAGGUGCACUGAAAUCGUAUUUAAGAGAAUUACCCGAACCUUUAAUGACUUACCAUCUCUAUGAAGACUGGAUCCAAGCUUCAUUGGUUCAGGAGCAAGACAAGAAACUUCAGGCCCUUUGGGUGACCUGUAACAAGAUGCCAAAGAUAAACUAUGACAACUUCAGGUAUCUUGUCAAGUUCUUGGCCAAGCUUGGACAGGAUAGUGAUGUCAACAAAAUGACACCUAGUAACAUUGCCAUAGUUUUGGGUCCCAAUUUACUGUGGUCAAAGAAUGAAGGAUCUCUUGCAGACAUGGCAGCUGCAACUUCUGUUCAUGUGGUAACUAUUAUCGAGCCAAUUAUCCAGCAUGCAGACUGGUUCUUCCCUGAAGAAAUUAAUUUCAAUGUGACAGGGGCAUUUGAUUCUGCAGCCACUAGUGUCUACUCUAACCAUGUGUCCAGUACUGGAAGUGAGCCUUCUUAUGGAACUCUGGAGAAGAAAAGACCUGUUAGCGUGGCUGUAAUGGAAGGAGAUUUGCAAAAAAAGGAUGGCAUGGGUUACUACAAGUGUGUGGAGCACCAGGGCAGUCUUCGUAGAGGUGGCACUCUUAAUAGGAAACAUACUUCCCCACCUUUCCAGCCUCCACUUCCACCUGCCGAAGCUCAGGUACAUGCUCAGCCUUCAGCAGAGCAGCAGGCACAGGGUCUUGCUGUAGAUACAAGUCUUGCAGUUGCUGCUUUUGCACCAGUUACAAAUGCAGCUGAGCAGACACAAAACCAAGCAAGUGAUGACAACAGCACUGCAAAAACAAAAGAUACAGUGAGUACUCCCCCGUCACUUAGAAGUAUUUCUGUUGUUACGUCUGCUUCCCAGAGUCAAGUGCUUUCAUCUACUACAUCCUCUGGUCAGCUUAAUGUGAGUUCGUCACAGAAUGCCAUUGGUGCUAGUCCAGUUAUGAUGAGACGAGGUACAAAGAAGCCUGCACCUGCACCUCCAAAAGUUCUGGGACAAACUGGAAGCCAAGGACCCACCACACCUGUUGCUCAGAACUCUGUUCAGUCUCCCAAGCUGUCAUCUAAUGGCCACCCUGUAAGUCAGCUUUCUAACACUGGAUCAAGUCAGGUUUUGUCUGCUUCUCAUCCUUCUCUUCAACCACGUAGACUUUCUAGCAGUCAGCCCCCUAUACAGGCUCCUAAUCAUCCCCCUCCUCAACCUCCAAUGCAGACCACUACUCCUCCACUGCAGCCGAAGUUGUUUCAGAUAGCCAAAGACCCAGGGUUGGAACCAGCUUCACCUCCACCUCCUCAAUCCCCAAGCCCACCUAGUACACCUCCAGUGGAAUUGCAUGGUGUAGGACUGCAGACAGCUCGUCCACUGUCACAGGCCCAGACUACCUCAACAAACCAAGAAACUCAUCAGUUCCAGUCAUCUCCUCCUCUGCACUCCGGCACUCUCCCAAGGCCCAAACCAGUACCAAAGCCAAGAUUUCGUCCUAGUGUACCACCACCACCGCAGCCUCCAGCAUUUGGAGAUAAUGCCCAGCCAAGUCAAAACUCAACAUCUUCAAAAGUUGUUACAGAUCUCGGCUCUGGUGCACAAGGACAUUUUUCAGUCGAAUCACUGCCUGCUUCAGCUAGCAAGGAAUGUCAUAAUCGGCAGCUGUCUGACUUGGACAUUGACACAGAGAGCACUGCUUUAUGAGCAACACUUAGCACUCCAAUGUUUUACCCUCUUCCUUGAGACAUGUAAUCAAAUGGUUCAAACUGUGAAAAAGAAUAUUUUCCUGUUCUUGAAGAAAUGGAUGGAAUUUUUUCUGAAGUAUUUGCUUGAAGACGUAAGUACAAUAUAAAAGAAGUUGUUAUGCCUUUCGGAAGGAAAGGUAUUAAAAAAUGUAAAGAGUUGAACUCUUCAAAGAUUUAGACAAGCAGCUCGGUCAUUACUGCUGUUCCUGUGGUUGCCAUUUUUCACAGCCUACAUAAAAGAGCACUGCAUCAGCCUCUAAACAAGUUAUAUAUGCUGUGGGAACAUUCUGUUGUAAGCCACUAUUAAAAACUGUUCACACCUCUGGUCUUAACACUUUCUGUUUGUCUGUAAAUGUGGUUGAAAAGCAAAAGAUGCCUUUAUGUAUUUCACUGAAGGAGCCAGAAUUCUAAUAAAGUAUAGACCAAAAAUUGAUAGCAUGAGUGCUGGUGGUGACUGCUGGAUAUCAGUCACAUGUUUAAAUUUGGUGGUUUUCUAGUGCCUUGUUUGAUUUCGUUUAUAUUUGAAAAGUUGCUGUUUUUACCCAUUUCAUUGCUAAAUUAUAUUGCCAUUAUGUAUUUUCUGUUCAAGCUGUUUCCCGUACAAGUUCUUAUUUAAAUGCAGAACCUUACAAAUCAGAUUGCAAUCUUUAUGCCUUUAGUACAUCCAUAUAAUGUAGCAAAAAUUGUAUAACUUGAAAUUUAAAGUAAUUUGUUGUAUUUACAGUUUUGUAACUAGUUUACCCACAAUUCCUUGUGUAUUGUAGUGAAAUUGGUAAUGUUUUGUUCCAAGAGUAGAGGAAACUCUGAUCUUUUUAAAUUCUGCCAGCGGUGUGAUAUACUAUGUUAGUGUGUUAUUGAACAAAAAUGAUACAUCACCAAGAAAAAUAACAGUGAACUGGUUAAAACAAGGGUAGUGAAGAUAGCCUGAUUUUUUUUCCAAGUUAUUGUUUAUCUUCAUUUACAAAGUCCAUGUGGUACUAAGGGCUCAUUGAUAGUGUUUCCGUGGGCUCUGUUUGGGAAUAUUUGUACAUUUGUAUUUAAAUUAUCCAGUGCCUGUUUUUAAUGUUAGGACAUACUAACCAACUAUUUGAUCACUUGUUUUCACAGUUGAGAUGUUCUUCAGUUUUCUUUAAGUGCACUUCUCCAUCCCGUGCCUUAGUUUUUUUUAGCAAAGACAUUUUGUAAAAAGCUUCAGAAUCCUCAGAUUUCCUCAGAAAAAUAACUUCUGAUUACAGUAAUCAUUUUACUCACAAGACAUAUGCUUGACAGCAAUAUUCAGUUAAUAAAGUAACCCAGGUGACA